AUGCCCGUCGAAGCCAUCACCAGCCAACAAGAAUUCCUCGACAAGAUCCUCAACGCCGAUGAGCCCGUCGUCCUCGACGCCUGGGCCGAAUGGUGCGGCCCCUGCAAAGCGAUCGCCCCCAAAGUCGAACAGUUCAGCACCCAAUACCCACAAGCCAAGUUCUACAAAGUCGACGUAGACAAGGUGCCCGACGUUGCACAGGAGCUUGGCAUUCGUGCCAUGCCGACGAUUCUGUUCUUCAAUAAGGGGGAGAAGAUUACGGAGGUUGUUGGGGCGAAUCCGCAUGCGAUUGAGGAGGGGAUUAAGGCUCUUGUUGCUUGA